UCGUCGGCCAAAAAGGAUUUGUCUCGAUCGUCGGCCAAAAAGGAGCUGUCUCGAUCGUCGGCCAAAAAGGAGCUGUCUCGGUCGUCGGCCAAAAAGGAGCGGUCUCGAUCGUCGGCUAAGAAGGAGCUGUCUCGAUCGCCGGCUAAGAAGGAGCGGUCUCGAUCGUCGGCUAAGAAGGAGCGGUCUCGAUCGUCGGCCAAAAAGGAGCGGUCUCGAUCGCUGGCCAAGAGGGAGCUGUCUCGAUCGUCGGCCAAAAAGGAGCGGUCUCGAUCGUCGGCCAAAAAGGAGCGGUCUCGAUCGUCGGCCAAAAAGGAGCUGUCUCGAUCGUCGGCCAAAAAGGAGCUGUCUCGAUCGUCGGCUAAGAAGGAGCGGUCUCGAUCGUCGGCUAAGAAGGAGCGGUCUCGAUCGUCGGCUAAGAAGGAGCUGUCUCGAUCGUCGGCUAAGAAGGAGCUGUCUCGAUCGCCGGCUAAGAAGGAGCGGUCUCGAUCGCCGGCCAAGAAGGAGCGGUCUCGAUCGUCGGCUAAGGAGCUGUCUCGAUCGUCGGCUAAGAAGAUGUCUCGAUCGCCGGCUAAGAAGGAGCUGUCUCGAUCGUCGGCUAAGAAGGAGCUGUCUCGAUCGUUGGCUAAGAAGGAGCUGUCUCGAUCGUCGGCUAAGAAGGAGCUGUCUCGAUCGUCGGCUAAGAAGGAGCUGUCUCGAUCGUCGGCUAAUAAGGAGCUGUCUUGAUCGUCGGCUAAGAAGGAGCUGUCUCGAUCGUCGGCUAAGAAGGAGCUGUCUCGAUCGUCGGCUAAGAAGGAGCUGUCUCGAUCGUCGGCUAAGAAGGAGCUGUCUCGAUCGUCGGCUAAGAAGGAGCUGUCUCGA